UUAUAUAAAUACCAGAGCAGCCAAAGAGUCCAGGACUCAGGAACCUGGGAGUCUCAGGUCAGAUCUGCCAGCCUAUCAUGAGGAUGAAGGUCUCCACAGCUGCUCUCUCCUUCCUCAUCCUUGCUGCUGUCCUUGGAUCCCAGGCCCAGCUCAUAUAUGAUAUGGAGUUAGAACUACAGAGGACAGUGGAUCAACAUCAACUUCCAACAAUUCAGCAUGGCUUUCACCAACCUGCUGACUGCUGCUUCUCCUAUACUUCACGAAAGAUCCAGUGUAGACUCAUGGAAGAUUAUUUUAGGACAAGUAGUGGGUGCCCCCGUCCAGGAGUCAUCUUCCUCACCAAAAAGGGAAAACUUGUCUGUGCUGAUCCUAGUGACAGGAGAGUUCAGGACUGCAUCAGAAACUUGACCCCAACCUCAUUGCCUGAGAUCCUGGACACACUAAAACUUGCCUAGGAAAUAAGAUAAAAAUUACCAGCCACCAGACCUUCAGCUUUCUUGACACAAAUACCCCCUGACAUGAAGCCCAUGACUUCCCCCUCUCCUGGGGUUCAUUUUUCAUUUGGCUGGAAUAUCCUAGAUCUCUCUCCUACCAUCAGUAAGACAAAGGCAAACACUCUGUCUUGCCCUGUGGUAUCCACGGUGGACACAUCCAGCUUACCUUGGCCAUCUGAUGCUCUGUUCCAGAGCUCUGGGCUUACUGCAAGUGUUCCAAAAAAGGGGACAGAAAGACAAGAAAGGGGAAGGGGUCUGCCCCGGUGUCUCUAGAUUCUGGAGACAAUGGUGCCUUCAUACAUGGGAUCAGGAGCAGUGCAAGUGUUCUAGCCAGCCCUGUGCUGUGCCCAGCAGAGGGAGCGCCCAGCAGAAUUAGGCCCAUACUACCUAAUUUCUAGGGCAUGAUUUGGCCAUAGCACUGGAGCUGUAGGUAUCUACCUAUUUUCCAAGCCUUUCUGACAACUCUGUGCAUCACCUCAAAUCUUUGCAGUAAGUUUUUUUUUUUUGCUUAACUCAAUCAAGGUUAAUUUCUACAAGUUUGCUACAAAGAACUCCAAUUGAUAUGAAUAACAAACUUCCUGGAAUUUUGAAUGUCCAAAACCAUUUGUCUUUAAAUCUAAAUAACAGUUCACCUGUAUAUAAAACUCCAUAUUUAAAAUCAUCUUCUUAGCUGGCAGUGGUGAUACAUACUGUAAUCUCAGCCCUCUGGAAGGCUGAUGCAGUAAGAUUGCAAAUUUGAGGCCAUCCUAGAGAAUUUAUCAACUCAGUGAACACCCCUCUCAUAUUAAAAACUAAAAAAGAGGUUGGGGAUAUAGCUCAGUGCAAAGCCCUUAAUUCAAUCCCCAGUACCACAAAAAUUAAAAUAAAAUUAAAUAAAUAUGUUCUUUCAGAACCCUGUAGCUAUAUCUCAAUUGCCUACUAGCACCUUGCACAAUGCCAAAAUUCCAAAGCCAGUUGGUCUCUUAUUCCUUUAAGAACACACUUUUAGCGAGAUCCAGCCAUGCAGGAACUGGGGACUGAGCAAGAAAUCAACAAGCUUUCCUUCCUGGUAAGCGGUGGGCACAAGCAAGCAGCCAUGCACCAGGAAGAGAACAAGUCAGUGUCUCCCAUGAGCUUAGGGGCUGAGAAUCAAAUGUCCCAUAUUCCCCACCCCACCCCCAUUAGCAACAGGAUAGUUUUGAGGUCAGCUGUAGUUGAUAGCAACUAAGGCACAUAAAGCAACUAAAUGCUUGUGUUGUUGGGCUGAUUAUGCUGACCUGGGGCCAGAGGUCUGAGCAUCUCUUGGGAGGAUGACCAUAUGCAAUAUAGCAAAUAUGGGGGAUUUCCUUCUAUCUUCUCUUUGAAGGCAAAUGUUGUUAUCACUUUUUGCAUUGUUCUGAUUAUUUUGCUCUAUUCAAUAUUCUGUUUUGGUAAGUUUUAUAAUGUUAUGUUUUUGGUUUGAUUUUGCUAUACCCAAUUGAAUGAACAACUAUUGUGAAGAUAAUGAGAUAUACUAUGGGAUCUAUUACUGUUAUCCCAGUAUCUUGCCCUGAAGUUCUGUACCAGUUUCACUGCAUUGUCUCGAUUGGCUUUGCUCUGUCUUGUUCUGUUGUAUUCUACUACCUUCAAAAUAAAAAAUAAAUAAAAGAAUACACUUUUA